AUGAAGGGGUUUCCUGUCGCCAGCGAAGCUCAUCGGCAAUCUCCGGCGGAGCUCGUCCAGUCCUUCGCUCGUUUCCUCAUCCGCUGCCACUCGAAGGAUCUCCGUUCGAUCCUCCUCUCCCAGGAUCCGAUCCUCCACUACCCCCUCGUGGUCGAGUGAGUGUGAAGAAUCUGCAGAUCCUGGGGAUCUCCCUCGGGCUACUUCUUUCUUCUUCUCUGGAUGUAAUCCUCUUUCUGCUCCUGCUCUCAGUUUUUCAGAGUUGCUCGAGGCGGACCCUCCCCUGGCGCAACUCCUCUUCUCGCAUCCGGCCAGUCUUCUUCCCCUCUUUGAUCAGGCUGCUCGCCUGUCCCAGGCAAAGGGCUUUAAUCUCUCAUUUUUUUGCCUUUUUUUCUUUUAUUUCAUACGAAAUGUGAUAUUUGCUCGGUCUGGAUCCUGCGUGGCGUGUUCUAGGGUGUGGUUCUGGAUGGGUCCAAGGAACUGGCUGGUGGUGCAUUCCCGAAGGACUUCGUGCACGUUCGGAUUAACGUCGGUGGCUCCCCUCUGGAAUGCCCAGGUUUCAACCCUGUCUCUGUCUUUUCGUACGUUACAUGAUUUUUGUGUGGUAUUGAAUUCCUCGAUGUACGGAUGAUUGUUUGCAGAAACGUCCCCCCGUAUUGGAAGGCUAAGAGUGAAGCACCGUGGAAUCCUCCUUACUGUUAAAGGGACAGUCAUUAGAUCCGGUGCUGUCAAAAUGAUUGAAGGGGAGCGUGAAUAUAUGUGCAGGAGAUGCAAACAUCGGUAAGUCCUCAUAUUAAUUUUAUGCCUACGAUCAAUUUUGAGUCUAAAAAUUCCCACUGCCAUCGGCCAACAGUAAUGACCGGCUUUCCCAGUUUACUGGAAUUUCCAUUUUCCUUGAUUUGUGAUCAGAUUUUUUCUAUUUACAUCGGUUUAUUUUGACUCUAAAAAAAGAAUUGACUGGAAGGCUACCUUGUGAACUUACAGGGUUUUUUUUUUGGUAGUCCACUGCAUUGAUUUCCUCCCUAGAUGUCUCAUUAUCUUCAGAGCAUGAAAGAUACAAUCUGGUGAUGAAACUUCACGAGAGAGAGUCAGGAUAUUAAUUAAGGCCUUGAAUCACAGACUGCUCCAAGUAAAUUCCUCCCACUCUUGAUCUUCCUAAACGAGUGUGAGAGCUCCUUUUCCAGCUCAGAUAAUCACGCUCCUGGGCUCUGCUUCUAUUUUCUAUUUGUGUUGACUAGUAUUGAUUUUAAAAUAAGAUAGUUUGAUAAGUCAUCAAUAUUUAUCAACGUAUGCUAUCUGAAAGUUGAAUAAAUAAAUAAAUAAAUGAAAAUAAAAAUUCAGAUUGAAGGGUAUAAACGCUAAUACUUGAUGGUCAAGAAUUGACACCUAAAACAAAUCAUAGAGCAAGUCGCACACGGGUCAACUCUUGAACCAUUAGUGUUGAUAUAUCUAUGGAUAACAUGGGUUUGUAUGGAGUACAUAAUGAUUGAACUUGUUGUGUUGGCUCUUCGUGAUUUGCCACUUCGAUUGAAAUCGUAGUGUGAUCGUUCUGAGUCUUGGACAGAGAAUAAUGUUGACACAAAAAGAGAGACCUCAAGCCUAUCUUAUUCUGGAGGUCAAAGACCACUCUCUCUCUCUCUUUUGGAAAGGUGGAUGCAUGCUGCCAUCUUGGCAGCUCAAAAACGGACAUCUUACCUGGUGGGAUUCCCAUUUGUCAGAUUAGAGAAAGCUUAAAUGUUUGAUGGAAGAGCAGAGUAGUGCACUUGCACAACAAUAGCAUUUAGUUUGUUGAGUUUGAUUUCAAAAUUCAGUAGCAAUCUGUGGCCACUUGGGAGCCAACUGGUUACCUAUCGAGAAACAUGUAUUCUAGUUAAAUACCUCACACAAACUAAUAUCACUUUAAUGAAGCGACUCUAAGAUGAACCAUCUUCUAGAUUAAGAGGUACGAGCCAAAGUCUCAAAAUGGCUAGAAGGCUCUUGAUGCCACUACACAUUUCUUCAGAAUUCCUUAACUUAGUAGAAACGAAGAAUCCUCAGACUUAAAUUGAUUAAGGUGAUGGAUAUAUUGAAAGAGUUGCAUAGCUCUGUUAUCGUAAGGCACGUAGGUUUAAUGGACUGGGAAAAAAAUCCGGAAAUUCUUUCUUUAUCUGAAAAUGACAUUCAAUAUUUUGAAUUUCUGGUAGGGGAAUGUGAAAUUUGUUGAUAAAUAGUACAAAAUAUGAUAUCCUUUGCAAUUACUACGAUCUAUUCCAAUUCCAACUCAGACCUAAUUAGAUAUCGGACUUCCAAGAUCCGGGGAAAUUCACUUCUCCUUGUGUAACUCUUAAGGCUUUCAUAUUAUGUUUUUUUGUACUUCUUUUAGUCAUCCUGACUCUACUGGAACUAUGGCCCAGCUUUCUGUUUAGAAAGCUAUUACAUUACAUGAAUUCGUAGCCAAAUUUAGAUAGGUGUUUACCAUACAAUUUUAGGUGGCGCUGUCUGAAGUACAGGAUAGCAAGUUUAAUCAUAACUCAGCCUAUCACCUACAAAACUUUAGAUGUUUUCGUAAGUAUAAGUCGGAGCAUUUGGUCAGUUAGUUACUCUAAGCUGACUGGAGUUACUAUUCUACUAAGCAUUCCUGUACUGAUACAUCAUGUUUUGGAGUUCAUUUGGAACUUCACCUGCUACCAUGUUUACAUAUAUGUCCUAAGGUGCGUGCAGUAGAUGAUGAGCUCAGAAGUAGGGAUUAGAUUUUGCCCUUGGAAUAAAACUUGUAAAGAGCUGGAGAUUGCAUGAAUAUUUUUUCUGACAAGCAUAGAAUCGAGAGCAUUGUCGUGGUGGAGACUUGGUGGUUUAUCUGAAAUUACAGUCCUAUGCAUAUGGAUGAUUUGUGUACCUUGCUUCCAAAACUCUGUUCAAGGUAUAUGAACUAUCUGAGAUCUUGGGGAUAACUGGUGGGGUUGCUUAUACCCUGAAAUCGUGGGACCAGAAUUAAAAGUGACCUGGUUUUGCAUAUCCCCUAGUUAUAGAGGAUAUGAAAAUAGUACAAGCCAAUGAUCCUAUAAUCUUUGAUGAUGCCACCAUCGAGCCACCAGCUUGUAUCCUAUAAGACAUUGAGCUUGGAGUAGAACCUGAAUGGAUUUGAGAAUGUAAGUAUACAUUUCUAUCCUAUAUCCAACAAUUAAGAUCAAUCCUAGUGUGUGCUGUCUGGUGUAUGCCAGAUUCUAUUGCUGGGGAGGAGUUCACGUGAGUUUUCUCUCUGUUAUAGAAGAAGAGGAAAUAGUAUAUAGCAAGAGUCAUCAGCUAAAUGCUUGGAUUGAGAUGAUAAUUUGGGUAGGUCUGCGUGGUUUCGACUGAAUACUUAUGAACCCAUUCUCUCCCCAUCAAUAAUGAAGAUGUUGGAUUCACGAUAUUAGGCACUUUGAAGUGAUAUAUUUGUUGAUUCUUCUUUCUCAUAUAUGGUUUAAUAUCAUCUGGAUAGGUUCAAGGUGCAGCCGGAGCUGGAAAGCGGAAAUGUGAUUAGACUUCCAACAUCUUGCCCGUCCAAGGUUUACAUUCUUUUGUUUCUAUGGUCUCAUCCUCAUAUUAUCUUAAUUAUUACAUUUGUAUUUACCAGUUAGUGGUAAAUCAAGUUAUUUGUGGUUGGCAUUUUUUUAGUACAUUUAUAUUAAUUUUAUUUGAUUAUAUAACAUGUGUGAUUCAACAACAUAACAUUAUGUUUAAAUUAUAAUUCAAUCCUCAAAUCCAGCUGCAAAAUAAAUUAUUGCAUCCUGACAUGGAACUGAAGAAUGACGAUGAACAGAAACAUAUUGUUACCAGAGUUUCUUAUCAAGGUUUUUCAUUGUCAUGUGGUGUUUUAUCAUCUUAUGUUAUUUGUAAAACCAGGCACACUCCUGAUUGUUGGAAACGUAUUGUUAGACUUUCUUAGCAGUAGUAACGUAUUGUACUAAUGGAUUAUAGAUAGUACAUGAAACUAAAUUACUGUCUAGAUUUGCUUCAGUGCAUACUUUUCACUGAAAAAGAGGGCAAGCCAUCGAAGAUCUUCCAUCAAAUUGUGGGAAGCCAGAUGAAGAGCGGUUAAUUGUGUACUGAAUUACCAGUGACUAGUUUGCAUUUAUACCAAGGCAGCAGCACGCAUUUCACAUCUAUGGAGGAGAAAUAAUGAAAAGUUUUAGUAUGUCAAUUACUGAUUUGGAUAAGAAUAUGAUAGCUUGUCCAGGUACAUUAUUUGGCGUGCUGUUGUGAUUUUGCAGAAGUCAUGUUAUUAUAACAAGUGCAACAUAAAAAUGAGCAAGAAGAAUAAAGAGAAUAAUUAGACUGCAACUGUGAUCAACACAGUUCUUAUUUUGCUUGAUUUUCUCACUCGAAAAGCUUUUGUAUGUAAGGCAGUUGUGAGAGUACUAUGUCGUAUGCAUUAGAUGUUUAGUUGAGAAAGAAAAUAUGCACUAGCUGCGAGUUGUGAAGAUCCAAAUGUUGAUAUUGAGUGUUUGUAGGACUCUUUGAGAUAGUGUCAAAACUCAUGAUAUACUAACCAGAUGAAUUGCUGUUUUGUUCUAGUGUCCGGUAUUAGGGGAGAUCUCAUAAGACUUGAAUGGAAGUAAUGCAUGAUGGUUUCGAUGAUUCAUCUCUAUCAGAUGAGUUGUUUUUCAAUCAAGAUGAAUUGAUAGAGAAAAUCAUUGUUAUUGGCUAGAACACUUGGGACAUACUUUUCUUUUUCUUCUGUUUCUGGAUGCUAUUUUUUAUUCUUUAAAAUUGAUCUUAUCUUUAAUUUUGAAGUCCUACACAUAUGAAUUCAUUUGUCUCUUUAUUUUAUUUUAUUUAUUUAACUUGUCAUGUUUUGAAUGCUCAUAUGUGCAUCCCUUAAAUGUCAUUUUUCAUUACAGAUAGAAUUCAGUAGUUUUCUAGUAACUUUGAAAGGCAUCUCCCAGACCUUUCAUAUGUGCAUCCCUUUAAUGUCAUUUCAUUACAGAUAGAAUUCAGUAGUUUUCUAGUCAGUUUGAAAGGCAUCUCCCAGACCUUUCAUCUUGUUUUUGCUAUCUAAUAGGAGCUCAGGGGUUUCCAAAAGGUGGACUUAAUACGAUUGUCCUGAGAACGAAAAUUUCCGUUUAUCUAGUCCAUAUUGUUUAAUUUUUUCUAGCAGUAAGAGUCUGAUAAUAUAUUUCCCCUGCCUCAUUCCAAAAUCAAAUCAUUAUCUUCAGUAUUUUCUAUUUCUUAACGGAGUAGAAAAUGGAUUGCUAAUUUUUCUCCAUUCCUACACAAGAUUAAGAAACAGAAGGCUCUGUAAUUUUUAAAGAGGAAAAUCUGCGGUUCUAAAAGAAAGAGUGGCAGAGGAGAAAAAUGAGUGAAUUCGUAUUGCAAUCUGCAAGAGAAGAAAAAAAUUGUGACCCAAUUACGGGGUAUAUCCUUCCUCUCAGAUCUUUGGUUUCCUUUUCAUCUUGGUUGGUGGGGAAGCCUUUAAGAGACUCGACUUGCUGCGUGUUUAAGGCUGAAAUAGUGGCAAACUGUCUUGCACUUAACUUCUGUGACAUGCGUUUUCGAGUCAAUUAAUUUCUAUGCCUGAAAGAGAUCAGGUACAUGAGUUUCACAUGUUUUCAAUAUUGAUAGUAAUUGAAGUAGAUGAAAUUCCAUUUAAAAAGUAUAUCUUUGCGUAUGUGCCCUUUGUUGCUUGGCAAUAUUGACGGAUAUUAUUAAGUUCUUUUGGUCUUUAAUUCAUGUUUUGCUGUCCAGAAGACUCUCCUGGAACAAAUUAUCGAUGUAAAAGCUUAGCAAUAGUCACUAUGUUUGUUUAUUAACCAAAAGUGCUAAGGAGAAAUCAUGUAACAGUGGGACGCUUUUGACUAUAUUAUUCUAAAAUUUAGUGCUUCAUUUUAUGCAAACAGAUUGUAGAUAAAAUGGAAACCUUUUCUUGUCUUCGUCAAUGGUUUUUGAAGAAACUUUAAACUUGUUUUUGUUGAAGAUUAACUCAAGAAUCGAUGUGCUAUGAUUUUUUUUUCAACUGUGAAAAAGCUUUCCUAUAUCAGGAAACGUAUUGAGAUAUGAGCUAUCAUCCAAUGGACAGAAGUAAUGGCUGUAUUUCUGAGGUCCCUUUUUGUUUCACUUUCCCACUUCUAAGCUGGAUUCUGUUUAUAAUUCCAUCAACCAAAACCGAUUUGUUUAUACAUUUCAUGUUUUAUCUCUCAUUUUAUUAAUUCGUGAAUUCCCUUUUUCGGCUUCUAUCAUUUUUGUGUUUGACAAAACUUUUGUUGUCUUCUCACAUUUUUAGGGUGCUAAAUCUUGUGAUGGCGCAAAUUUCCAGUUUGUUGAAAAUAGUAUAGUGUGCCAUGACUAUCAGGAAAUUAAGAUUCAAGAGAGCGCACAGGUCAUGGGUGUUGGUUCUAUACCCCGUUCAAUACCCAUUAUUCUGAUGGAUGAUCUUGUUGACACUGUUAAAGCUGGAGGUACCACAGGAAUCAAUUUUUUUUCACAUGUUUGUCAUCCAUCUUUUGUUCAAUGGCGUAAAUUUUUUCUUUCCCAUAGGAUGUAACACUUCUCUUGCAUUUGUUCUCAAGGUCGUCAAUGUAACUCAUUUACUUGUCUAGUGAAAGGAUUUAUGGGAUGUAACCUCAAGUGACUCAUUAGAUUUAACUAGAGUUCUUCGUAGAAUGAAGUUGAGGUUCAAUGCUAGCGACCAGUUUUGCACUACUAUAUUUUAACAUAUGGAUCGAUUUUCAGCGGUCAAACUUUUGAAAGCUCCAGCACUUUGGAAAUAUCAAGUGUCUGAGCUGGAGAUCCAUAAGGUGGCAAUGGAGCUCUUUAGAGCUUCCCCUGGCUUUGGGUUUAUUGGAAUUUCAUGACAGAUUAGGUCAUUCAAGGAAACAGAGGAGCUACGUGAUGUAUAUUCGAUGAAAGUGGCAAGGUUACCAUAUAGACCUAAGCCCCUUUUAUUGCUUAAGCAGAGCUGCCAUACAAUCCCUUUUUAAUGGUGGCAGGUCAGCAUUAAUAGGACCUAAAUGAACCAAAAACUACCACACAAUUUAAUUCUUCACGUGAAGAAAAUGGCAUUUCUUUGGGGUUGGAGAGAACUUUACUUUUUAAUAUGAGCAUCAUUUUUCUAUUUCUAAAAUCCUAAUGUCUAGUAUGAUGAGCAAAUGAUUAUGAUACUUUUUCAGAAAAAUGACAAUUUCUGCUGACUGAUAGAUCGGUCAUGACCAAGAACAAAGAGCCUUCUUGGAAUCAAAAUUUCAAUGUAAACCUACGUAUACAAUCAUUGUAAGCUGGAAAAGUGAGAGAGAUCCAUAACUUAUUAUGCCAGACUGGGUCGUUGGAUCUUCGGUAUGUAUUACAGCCAUAGAUUGUCCUACAAAAAAACGGUGGAAUAGACUAUGGAGUAAAUUGUUGAUAAUGCAUCAAAUUCUGUUUGCUAUUAGAUGUAUGUGGAAAUCGUGCUGGACUUGGAUCAUCUCCGAACACCUCCCUUCCUUCUUGUCUGUGCUAGCAGUGAACACGAGACAGAAGGCUGAAGCCCUAAAUUUCAUCACACUCUAAUGCUUACAUGCUGGUUGGUAUUUAUACUAACUGGCUGUUAUGAAACGGGAGAGAGUAAACCGGACCGGUUCAAUUUGAACUGGUUCAGUCUAUUGUUCUGUUACAAGGUACGAUGGACAGAGAAAUAAAGGACGAAACAGUAGAUGGAAAAAUUAUUUCUAAUAGUAUGUAAUGAGAUGGCUUGAACAUUUUUCAUGGAAUUUGUCGAUUAGGAUCAGAAACAUGAACCCAGGAUAUAGAUUUGAAGCAUGCUUCUCAGAUUUUUAAAAAAAAGAAAACCACCGAUCGAACUUGGUCAGCAGAACUUGUUUGAAAUUUAUUAAAAAAUGAAUAAAAUGGAGGAAGUUAAGGAAAUCUCUGGCAAAGUCAAGUUGUUCAUGGAGUCAUCAAUACCUGUUCGUGAAACAGUUAGCUCUGGUCCCAGAUCAAGUGAGGAAAGGGAAAGGAAGAAACAUGCUAAUUAGAAGAGGAAAAGAACGUGGAAAGGAGGGUCAUGGCCUACAAGAUUACUACACAAGGCUAGAAAAUUCAAGGGGGAAAAAUUCUGAAGAAAACACAGGAAUUGGUAAACUGUUUCCUUAUAAAUUUACAUCGCCAGAGAUUUGGAUUUUACUUUGGUAUGUUGUUACUUAUUGUGGGUAUAAAUAUCACAAUUGUAGUGCUAGAUAGGCUUUCGAAAUUCUUGUUCUUUUAUAAGAAAGGGUAAUAUACCAUAUUGAGUAGUAUUGUUUUUUCAUUGCGUGAAAUUUACUUCAUUUGUACUUACUAUGGGGAAAUUCUCAAUCCGAUCCUAGUAAAGUUUUCUGAAUCUAAAUCUUUCAUUAACAGCCGAUUUCCCUCGAUUUCUCCAAGAUAUAUGUUAUCUUGAAGCACCCAUUUCCCUCUUUGAACUGAUCUUCAAUGUACUUGACUCUCUUUAAUAGUUUUGGAAGUCAGGUGAUCAUAGAUUUAUUCUCUGUUAAAUAAUAAUCAUUAAUCUGUGGUUCUUUUCCUCUUCCAGCUUUUAUGUAUUUAAUUAUUGUGCUUUUUUUCUCCAGAUGAUGUCAUAACUACAGGUGUUUUAUCAGCUAAGUGGUCCUCAGACCUGAAGGAUGUUCGUUGUGAUCUUGAUCCUAUUUUACUUGCCAAUCACGUAAGGUAGGCAAUAGUUAUUAUAUUUUGAGCGGCUUGUUCUGGAAUGAUGGUAGUAAGAUCUGCUGAAAUGCUUAUGUUUCUCCUAUUCAAUUGAUUUUUUCUAUAUGAGGCUCUUUUACCUCCAACCAUUCUUAUUGUGUGAUUACUUAAAAAUGGCGAACAAGUGUAAGAGCUUGUUUUCCCUUAUCAAAUCAUAUUUCUAGAUCAUUACUUCAAGAUUAUCUUUUAUUGUGGUUUGAUUGCAUUAUCUGUACACAUGAAAGCUGUUUUGAAGAUUAUUACUUGGUCUUUCUCAUUACUCGAUAGUCAUGAUCUAUUUAUGAAAGAUUCUUUUUUGCAAAGAUUAUGUAGAAAGCAUUAAUUCGACAUUAGCACUAUUUUCGAUCUUAUCAGGGAAGCUCUAUCAUGUGGUUAAGGUUUUUUCUUGAGGUUUAGUCAGUCAGAACCUUGUGAAAGAGUGACCUUUCGAUCCUAUCAUUUCUGAGUCUUGUAUACUUUCAUCUGAUGCUGCUAAUAUUUGGGCAAUACAGAAAUGAGUUGUACCAGCCUUUAGCCCCUUAUUUUGGGUUGUUAUUGGCAGGAGAAAAAACUUUCAAAUCUAGUUUUGUUUAAUAUCAGGUGAGGAAUACAGGAGGAGAGGCUUUAGGAGCCUAAACUGCCCAAGAAAUCUGUUGAGAAUUGAUCUUGAUUGAGAUUCUUCACGAUCCUCCUCUUCCAGGAAGAUGAAUUAGUCGCCACUUCUUGGAGCAGAAUUUCUGUAAUCCCAAAAUCUUACAUCAAUUAUCUUGGUUUCCCACUUAAGUACAGGCUACAUGAGUUAAUGGGCCAAGCCCAUUACAUUAGUCUUUAAGUGGAUCCGUUAAUAGUCUAAUGGAUCCACUUAACAUAGGGAAUGACAGAGAAGGAUGAAAAUACAGUGAAAAGAAACAGAUAGAAAGGAAAAACAAUCCUAGAGAGUUCAACAGCCCCUCUCAAGUUGGGUAUGGAUGUUUUCCAUGCCCAACUUGGACACCAUCCUUUGAAAUAUCGGUCUUGUUAGUCCCUUUGUGAAUAUGUCAGCAACCUGUUCUGAUGUCCCAACAUAUAUUGAUCUACAUCUCCUAUUUCUACUUUUUUUUUGAUAAAAUAUCGAUCCACUUCAAUAUGUUUAGUCCUAUCAUGUUGUACAGGAUUUCGGACAAUAGUUAUUGCUGACUUGUUGUCACAUAACAAUUUCAUAUGAUUUGAUUGGUUGACUCUCAAUUCGUCCAGCAAACCUCAAAUCCACAAGCCUUCACAUAUCCCUUGGGCCAAUGCCCUGAAUUCUGCUUCAGCACUAGAUCUUGCAGCUACUUGUUGCUUUUUGCUUCUUCAGGUCACAAGAUUUCCACAAACAAAUGUACAAUAGCCUGAUGUUGAUCUGCGAUCUAUAACAGACCCUGCAUAAUCAGCAUCGGUGUAGAUUUCGACAAAUUAAUUCCCUCCAUUUUUGAAUAGAGUGCCCUGUCCUGUUGUUGUCUUUAGAUAUGCCAACGCUCAGUAUGAUGCCCAUAGGUAUAUCUCCCUUGGAUCAUUCAUAUGCUGACUUAGUACAUUCACUGCAAAUGUUAUAUCCAGAUGGGUAUGAUUUCGAUAUAUCAACGUCCCAAUCAACCAUUGAUAUGAGCUUUUGUCCACCUGAUCAGAGUCUUUACCUUCUCCCAAAUUUAAGUUGGGAUCAAUUGGAGUGACAGCAGAUUUACACUCUAAUUUUUCAGUCACUUAAAGUAAAUCAAGAAUAUACUUGUGUCAUGAAAGAAAUACACCUUUUGAAUAUGCAACCUCAAUUCCCAAGAAAUAUUUUAACCUUCCUAGGGAUUCUAUAUCAAAUUUCCUAGAUUGAUUUUGGCCAAGGCAUUCAUUUUCCUCAGUAUCAUCUCCUGUUAUGAUGAUAUCAUCCACAUGCACAAUUAAGGCUGUAACCUUAUUUUGGUCACCACACUUAAUGAAGAGAGUGUGAUCCCCAUUGCUUUGUAUGUACUCAAAUCCUUUCAUAGCUUGAGUGAAUCUCCCAAGCCAGGCUCGGGGUGAUUGUUUUAAGUCAUAUAGAGAUUUCUUCAACCUACAAACAACAUUAUUUUGAUGGGUAAAUGUGUAACUUGGAGGUACAUUCAUAUAUACUUCUUCCUUCAAAUUUCUAUGAAGAAAUGCAUUCUUCACAUGAAACUGAUGUAUUUCCCAUCCUAGAUUUACUGCCAAUGCUAUAAGUAUCUGAAUGGUAUUCAGCAUUGCAACAGGAGCAAACGUCUCAAAAUAAUCAAUUCUAUAAGAUUGUGAAUAACCUAUAGCUACCAACCUUGCCUUGUAUCUGUCAAAUGUUCCAUCAACUUUAUACUUAGGAGUAUAUACCCACUUGCAGCCAACCACCUUUUUUCCUGAAGGCAAAGGGACUAAGUCCCAUGUACAGUUCUUCUCUAGUGCAUCAAUCUCUUCAUCCAUGACAUGACUCCAUUCGUUGUGUGACAGGGCCUCUUUUACUAUCGUGGGGAUAAUAAUGGUCUUCAGGUUCAUGAGAAAAGACUUGUAUGAUGGUGUUAACCUAUCAUAUGGUAGAUUGUUGACCAUAGGAUAGAGUGAUUUAUUUAUACAACUUCUCUUUCCUUUGCGUAGAGCAUGGGCCAAUCUAGUUGCUCCUCAUCAAUGGCUUCAGUGAAUUGCUGAUCCUCUUCUUGAUCAGUAUUAUAAAUUUGAGAUGUGUCUCCUGUACUUGGACCAGUUUCUUUGGUUGGUUCUCUUUAUAGUGUAGGUAAAUUAUUCAUCUCAGCUGGUAUAUUUUGUGUCUCCACUCUAGGUUGUCUUCUAUACACUUGUAUUUCUUUGAUGUUAGAAAUGGGUGUCUCCUGAAUCACGAAUUCAUAAUGUCCUGUAACUCAGUGGCAGCAAUCGAGUUCUCUAACUCUUGUGGAUUUUUCACCCCAUAAUAUGGUUCCAACUCACUAAAAGUCACACUAACUGAGAUGAAUUUUUUAGAAGUAGGAUUAUAGCACUUAUAACCCUUUUGUGUAGUUGAGUACCCAACAAAUAUGCACUUUAUAGAUUGUGGAUCAAGUUUUCCCAUUAUGCCUUGAGCAUGACAUAAACAGUACAUCCAAAUACCCUUGGAUGAAGAUGAAUCUUUAGUUUCACAUGAGGAUAUAAUUUACUUAACAGUUCCAUAGGACUUUGAUAUGCUAGUAUUUUUGCUGGGAUCCUAUUAAUAAGAUGAGUACUAGUGAGGACAGCUUUACCCCAAUAUUGCCUUGGAACUUUUUGUUGAAACAAAAGAGCUCUAGCUGUAUCUAGUAAGUGUCCGAUUUUUCUCUCAGCUACCCCAUUUUGCUGGGGUGUAUUGACACAAGAUGACUCAUGAAUUAUCUUUUUCUGAUCAAAGUAAGAGGACAGUCGAAUUGAAAUAGUCUCUAGCAUGAUCUGAUCUAAAUCUCUUGACAAUAGUUACGAAUUGAUUAUAGAUCAUUUCACAAAAAGAUUUCACCACUUGGGUGGCGUUUGAUUUUGAUUUUAGGAGGUAAACCAUGUAAACCUGGUACAGUCAUGAACAAAUAAGAUAAACCACCUGCAUCCAGACAAGCUAAUCAUAGGCGUUAGCCCUCAAAUAUCACUGUGUAUACGAUAUAAAGGGAUUGUACUGUAUUCACCAACAUUUCCAAAUGAGGAGAAUUUAUGUUUGGCCAAUUGACAAGUGUCACACACUGGAGUUUUUACAUCAACACCUUCAAACAUAGAAGGAAACCAUGUUUCUAAGAGAUCAAAGGAAGGAUGUCCAACACUACAGUGUUGUAACAGUAUACUAUUCUUUUUGUGUUCACUGACUCCACUCCAAGGUGACUACUGUACAGACAUUGUUGCACGAUCAUCCCCUUCCCAGUAGAGCAAGCCUCCUCCUUCCUUAACAUGUCCAAUCUUCAGCCCAAGACCUUGUCACACAAUGAACAUCCAUCGUCCUCAAGAAUGAAAUGACAAUUAAUAUCUUUAACAAGUUUCUGUGGUGAAAUCAAAUGAGCCUUUAGUUUAUGCACAUGUAAAACAUUUCUUAAAGUGCCUAAAUGAUUUAUUUCAAGUUCUCAAUCCCUUUAACUAGUAGAAUCUUACCACCAACAAUAAUAACUUUCCUCUGUCCAUCACAUUUCGUAUAAUCAACAAAUUUUCACAUAUUUGAGGUCAUAUGAUCUGUGGCGCUAGAGUCAAGUAUUCAGGAUAAUUUAGAUAAAUUGUUGAAUGCAUAUGAUUUUGAGAAAAAAAUAUUCUCACCUGACUGAACCAAGGACGGAGAGCUCAGCAUACUCUCGAGUUUCUCUACUUCUUCCCUCAGUCUUUUAAAUUCAUCACCCUUUUGCUGAUUGCUAGGAUUGGGAGGUUCCUUUAUCACAGAUUGACCUUCUAGUCUCUUCUGGUUGAGAAGUAGUCACAUACGUCCUUGUUGAGGUGAUCGUCCAUGUAACUUCUAGCAGUUUUCUCUUGUAUGAAACUUCUUCUUGCAAUAUGAACACCAAAAGUUUUCUUUGUUAUCCCACUUCUGGUAUCUUCCUUGUGAUGUAGUGAUUGGGUUUUGUUUUCUCUCCUUUUUCUCUAAUUGAUUCCUCUGAUCUUGCUUGUUGGAGGUGAAGGUUGUUGACUCAUUCUUCCUAGUAUCGAUUAGACUCAAUCUACUCUCCUCUUCCAUAAUAAUCUGGAUAGCUUCAUCCAGAUCUGGUACCUUCUCACGAUGGAGAAUUUGACCCUUGAGGCUUUCAUAAUUAGAGUUCAGUCCCAUUAUUCCAUAAUUGAAACAUAGAAUGUAUACAUUCUAUGUUUCAAUGUAUACAUGUGGUCCUCAGCACUAAGAUUCUUUACUGGCCAAUAAUGAUCAAUCUCCCUCCAUGUAGCCCUUAGUUCACACGAAUAUUCCAUAAUUGAUUUACUUCCUUACACAAAAUGUGUUGCCUUAGACAUUAGGCCAUAAAUUCUUCAAUUGUUAUGUUGCACGAAAUGUGUAUGAAUAGGAAAUUCUCAUACAUCUUUGGUGUCAUUGUACUUAGCUAUCAUGUAUAGAUAAUAGCCUCUUCUGAUUUCCAUCCUCUAUAUUUUGGAUCUGAUUGCUUCAAUGGUUCUUCUAUAAGGUGAUCUGUUAAGCUUUUUUCAAAAACGUCAGAUCAACAAACUGAUCCAAUUGAUGAAGAUUUAUUCAAUUGAAUCUAAGUUUCUUUGGGAUAUUUGAGAGAGUAUCAUAUCGUCUCUCCCUUUCUCCAGUCAUCGCUGGAGAUGAUACGAGUUCCAUGAAUAACGAAGAGCCUUCUCCUGAAUGCAUUCUGAAAGUCUUUUUCCUUCGUAGAAUGCCUCAGUUCAUUGCUUGCGGAAGGUUUCUUUCUUCCUUGGUGUUACUCCAACACAGAAACAAGAAAAACAAGAUUCAAGAAACAAGAAACAAGAAGUAUCAGAUCCUAUCAGAAUCAGUACCGCUUUGAUACCAUGUUGAGAAUUGAUCUUGAUUGAGAUUCUUGCAACUUGGAGAAUGAAAGGAUUCGAUUUUCACGAUCCUCCUCUUCCAGGAAGAUGAAUCAGUCACCACUUCUUGGAGCAGAAUUUCCGCAAUCCCAAAAUCUUACAUCAAUUAUCUUGGUUUCCCGCUUAAGUACAGCUUACAUGAAUUAAUGGGCCAGGCCCAUUUUCUCUUCUCUUUACCACGCGAUAGUUCAGCGAAGCGUGAGUGGUCAGCUUAGCUAUGAAUUUGACAUGACACGGUCCCUCCGAAGACUUCAUGAGCUACGGUUUACAGUUUUUAAGUAGAUCCGUUAACAGUCUAAUUGAUCCACUUAACAUAGGGAAUGACAGAGAAGGACGAAAAUACAGUGAAAAUAAACAGAUAGAAAGGAAAAAAAAUCCUAGAGAGUUCAACAAAAUCACAUACAAUGGGAGGUACAGGAACAGCAACAUGAGAGCGCUUUUUUUUAUUCUGGUCCAUGCCAAUCCCAAAUCGGGACUUACAUACUGACGCUAUGUGAAGUUAGUUGCUGAGAGAUGAUUAUUUAGGAUGAACACAGAAAGACAGCAGAUGAGGAAGUUACAGUGAAAAAAAAACUUCGAAAAUGGUUGCACAGACUAGAGGAAAAAUUACUUGGUCUAUAUACCUCUCCUUGGAUGCAAUAAGAUUCUUCUUUUACUCUCAUUUCUUAAUAUAAUGUCUUCAAAUCAUGAUUUAGACUCACAAUAUUAGAAACUUUGAGUGUUUAUGAGACAUAACAUCCAGUAUUGGAGCGAUUUAAAACUAAUUGAACAAAUAGAAUCAUAUUUAAUGUCAACUAGAAUGAUAAACUUUAUUACUUACUAAAUUGAAAGUCACUUUUCAUCCUCAUAUAGUAGUUUUAUGUAGUGGAGGGUAUUUUUUUACAUUUCUGAGUUUUUAGUGAUCUGUCUAGUGCACCCACCUGUGUGGGCGGUCCUCAGAUGUUUACUACAGUUGGUUCCAUCUCCUUCUUAGAGCUUUCGGAUGUUUGCUGAUAAUUAGAUCGCCACUGGCAUACGAUUUUGAUUUGGUUUGUUGCUAGAUGGGGACUCGUGAUGUCGAUUUUGAUUACUAGUACUUUUGCCAGUAGAAUCUUUGGGUGUAUAACUAGCACCAUUGAAUUAGCGAGGGCAUCCAGACAUACUAAAAAUAAUAUAUGACUGGAUGUAUCUCUGCUCACUCCAUAAAACGUUAAAAAUAACUAACUCCCCUCCUCUAAUCUGGGUCUUCCUCUGAUUGCCCAUUUAACUGAUCCAAUCUCAUUCUUGUUGCUGCAUAGAGUACUAUAUGCAGCAUACAACAUAGUACACCUUUAUGGAAAGAUUGAUAUACAUAUCGGAGAACAUGUAGUUGACUGGCGGUUUGAUCAUUGUAUCUUCCUACUUUGGCUCCUUUUUCCUGUACUAAUGUACCUUCUCAUAUACAUCUUUAGUCACUCUUAGACUGAACGUGUGAACAUAUGAAGUAUGCUGUGAAAAUAAGACCAGAGGGGGGAUCGUAUGAUAGACGUGCAAAAGCUAUUUCUAGUUGGCUCAUUAAUGCCUACAGUGGCUGCAAAAGCUAUUCCUGAAAAGACGGAACAACUGUACAUUUGUGGUGUUUGAACCCAUAAUUUUAUGGCUUGUCGUUCUCGAAAUCAGUUAUUGAAAUUUAGAGAAGUAGGCUCAAAGUAAUUCAAUAUCAAUUUUUUCUCGCACUGAUGCAAAUUUAUUAAGGAGAGUUCACUUUGCUUUCAAUAUGUGCCUAGGAUGUUAGUUUAUUGUAACUAAAAAAUGCUGUAAUAUUUACAGAUAUUGAAUCUAUGAUUUCUAAUUGUGUGUUUUAUUGGAUACCAAUGAUACAAGGAAUACUACAGAGGUAGGGAAGAAUGGAUGACAAAAUGAAAUGUGAUAGACUGUUUGAUAGAUGACAACUUGAAAGUCUCCUUUCUUGAGAGUUUUAAUGGUUCGAUUUGACAUCUGGUUCUAUGCUCGCACAAUUUACUAACACUGUUUGCACGACCAAAAUGCUAUUAAAAAAGCCAGUGUUCAACUCUUUCUAUAGAAAUUGUGAUGUGAUCACAUUCUGGUAAGAACACAAAAAUUUGUCGUCUAUUUCUUGGUCGCUGUAAAGAUUAGUUGUAAUGGUACAUAUAUUUAUUGACAUUUAGUUGACCAUUCAAAACUUGAAAUAGCUUACUGAAUACAUCCAGUACGUUUUCCAGUUUCAAGAUUCUCUAUUUUUUUAUGAUGUGAUUCUUUACUCCUUGGGGCUGGCAGGUGAACCUGUUUGCAUUUCAAUUUAUUAACUUAUAGAUCUUUUUUAUUUUUACAGGAGAACCAAUGAACUAAAGUCAGAUAUGGAUACCCCUGAUGAUAUGGUCAAAAAGUUUGAGCAAUUUUGGUCUGAUUUCAGUGACAAGCCGCUGAAAGGUUUCUUUCAUGGUUUUCAUUUGCCAUACUUGAUUUCCUGAUACAUGAAGCUGAAAUUUUAUAUUUAUAGAACUAAAAUCAUUUUCAGGAAGAAACAUUAUUUUGCAAGGAAUUUGCCCUCAGGUUUUUGGACUCUUUACUGUCAAACUUGCAGGUAUCACCUCUCAUUUGGUUUUCGAGUAUGUCCGAACAGAUCUAUUUGUCUGAACUGAUUUACAACCUUUCAGAUAUUUCUUUGUUGUUUCCUUUCUUUCUUAACAUAAUCAUUGCUUGUUGACUUGUCUAGUUAUGUUAACGCUUGUCGGAGGUGUACAGCAUGUUGAGGCUUCUGGAACUAAAGUUCGUGGAGAGUCUCACCUACUUUUAGUCGGUGACCCAGGUAUGCUGUCGUGAGACGACCUAUCAUACUGGUUAAUACCUGGAUGAAAUACGUGUAUUUUAGGUUUCUUCUCUUAUUCACGGUCCGAGAAAUUGCCUUAUACUUUGCAAAACCCAGAAUUUUAUCCAGCAUCUUAUCGGCAUUUAUGUUGGUCAAGCACUGGCCAGUUUCUCAUCAAGCAUUGAACUUUACCCAAAAGUUGAUUCUAAAACUUGCAAGUGUUCAUCGAAUGGCACACUAGUUUGGUAAAUCGCUGGCCAAAAAAAGCACCUGACGGGAUCAACUAUUCUGUCUCUGUAUAUGUAUUUCAUGCACGUCGGACCCAUGCAGACUUUUGCAGACUUUUCUAGUACCCCAUGCAACUUGCCUUUAUUUCUUCUUGAUUCAAGCGAGCUAUUUUCAACUGGUUUUGUCAUAAAUUCAAGUACUGGAAGAUUUGUAUUUGUGAAAUUCGAUACUAACUUAACCAAGAGAUCUGUUGUUACUGAUGGAUUGGAAGUAUCAGUGGGUGACUGACUCUUUCUGACUAGCAUGCAUAAAUUUCAGGUACUGGGAAAUCGCAGUUUUUGAAAUUUGCCGCUAAGUUAAGCAAUAGAUCUGUCAUUACUACGGGAUUGGGAAGCACUAGCGCGGGACUGACUGUUACUGCUGUCAAAGAUGGAGGUAGCUUAUUUUGUUGUAUUUCCUCAAGUUCAAGUUUCAAACAUAUAAUUCACUUAUCUGGAAGGUAUCCAAUUAUCUGGGCUCCUUUUUUUCCCCUUCAUUUAUUUUCUUCUUCAAUACAAACAAAAAGUUUUAACAUAGUUUAUUUGGAAAGUGAGUUUUUAUUUUUUAUUCUUUACUCACAAUUUGAAUGGAAAAAUGUGAUAAAAGUGAUGGCUAAAAUGGCGCACCCUAGGCUCAGAUAUCAUGCCUCGUAUGCAUCUCAAGUGAAUACAAUUUGGUUUGCACACAGUACAUGGCAAUUAAGGGGUUUGAUCGGGCAUUUAUGCACCACUCCAUAGUAAAUCAGGGAUCCUAGUUUAGAGAAUAGGAAACUCUAAAUAUUAACAUUUCUCUUAUGUUAAUAGUAAAUCAGGGAUCCUAGUUUAUGACUCCUUAUUUAUGAUCAAAAUAAACGAUCAGGUUGCUUUCUUCCAGAUGUUACAUUAUGAAAAUCCUACAGAAAAUCCUAGAUAAUUACCAGUAGAUAAGUAUUGUAGGGAGCAUAAUUGGGAAAGCAUCAGCUAGCCGCCAUUCUGCCGUCAGAGGAAAUUUGAGUGUCUAGGAAACCUGUCACAUCAAAUCUUCUCUCGGUCGCCUUGGCACUGUAGUGGGUCUUUUUUAUUACCUUUUAAAUAAUAGAGCCAUUACACUAGAACCAACCAUGUGCUCCUAGUGAGUGUUCUUUGUCAUUAAUUUUUUUGUGCAAAACAGGAAGUAUCACUGGUUGUUACACAUGAUGGAUCAGUGAAAACAAACUAAAACCUAAAACACUUGAUAAAAACAUCCUUUUUAUCAUAUUUUGAGUUCAGUUACCUAAUAUAAUUUGGGUCUGAUGGUAAGCUUAUUUAUAUCUAACUCAUUAACUAAUAAAAUAUGUCAUAGGAAAAUGAAGCUAUGAGUAAAUUAAAUUAGUCUGUGACCUGCCUUAUUUGUUUGGUCGUAAGAAUCUUUUAUACUGGGGAGUUUAUGGGCGGGAAAAUUUUAAAAUCUCUCUUCAAACUUGGAAAUCUUGGAAUGUCAGAUAUUCUCUUUUCUUGUUCCUAGUUCCCAUUAUCUAGUAAACUGCUCCCAUGCCCAGAUGGUGAUAAUUUUAGAUGGUACGAACGUAAAUUUUUAGUCCUACCUGUAAUGUAUCAUGUCUGUAGCAUGGCUCAUUAUGAACCAUUUUGUCUCUUAAACGUUUUCUAGAAUUGUUUUUGGAAAUUUGUGUUGCAUACUUUGUACAAAUUUGUUUCUCUGAUAGCUUAUCAAUGUUCCUACCUUAUCUGAAUCCAAUGGUUUCUUCCGAGAUUGCAUUGGGAUUUUAUAUGCCAUCUCAAGUUGUGCUGGGGAAGUCUACUUACAUAUUGACUUAAAAGCUUCUCAAAUAUCUUUGGGGCCAUGAAAUUGAUUGUCUGGGACCUUGUUUGUGGGAAACAAAGACUUGAUGACGAGUACAAUGGUAAUGACAAUUGUCCUCAUCGUCACAGGGGAGUGGAUGUUGGAGGCUGGGGCCCUGGUUUUGGCGGAUGGUGGGCUCUGUUGCAUAGAUGAAUUUGACAGGUACAAAAUACAAUGUCGUCAUCCCCAGUUUUUUUGCUUGCACUGCUGACCAUGAGAAUGGUCAGCUGCUUAUCGUUAAUAGAGGUUCUAUUUAUUUGGUGAAACAAUAGGGUAAGCGGGAACUCAUUUACUCAUUUUAUCAUUGAAGAUGAGAUCUGUAUUUAAUGGACAAAAAAAGUUCAUUAAAGGUAUCCUAAAAGCUUCGGUUACAAUUUCUGAUGGUUAUCUUUAUCCAAUGAAUUUAUCAUUUGCUUCUAUCACAAAAAAUUGCGAAGUUAAUGAGGAGCUGAUUAGGGAACAUGGUCGUCAUGAGCAGAACGUCUUUCUGGUGAAUGGGUACAGUCCAUUGCCCACUUCUUUUGCCUGAAAAUAUAAUUCUUAGAACGUUGUGACUUGGUUUGACAUUGUUUGACUCAGAAAAUCUUUGUGGGUGGUCUAAGAUGUGAUCCACAUCUACUAGUUGUUAGCAACGUAAUUAUUGGAGGGAAAUCAGGACAUCACUUUAAAUUUUCUAUCCAUAAAUUGUGAUCUUUUAAUUAUCCAAGAACUUACAGUUUUGAAGUAAAGUAAUAGGUUGGCUGACUAUAGGCAACAUAAAUAUAUUUAAUUGGUUUUUUAUUUAUAAAACUAGUAUAAUUUAUGAAAAAUUAUCAUUCUCAUUGAUAUUGAUCUCUAAUCAAUUUUUUCACAACACUUCUGGUUUUCUUGGUGUCUGCAGUAAGUUGUGCAAUUGCACAUGCUACUGGUCUAUGUUUCCUAUUUCAUCUAAAUUAUGGAAGAAAAUUAUUUUUAAGAGAUAAGCACCACAGUCAUGAAAGAUAUCACAAAAAUGUGAUGAUGCUUGCGUUCAGGACAAUAUUGGACUCGACUUAUCUUAAUUUCUAUUUACUUCUUACGUACAGCAUGAGGGAGCAUGACAGGGCAACAAUACAUGAAGCUAUGGAACAACAAACCAUCAGCAUUGCUAAGGUAAUUGUAUUUGAUUCCCUUUGUAAACAUAUAUUCAAAAAUUUGUAUGGUCAUACUUUUUUUGUCCUAUACUCGCUAUACUAUUUUAGUUGCAUUCCAUUACUACUUUUAUCCCUACAGUUCUAAUCUGAAUUUCAGCAUUAAAUCCUUGAUGAGCUGGCCAACAGAUAACUGCGUACCAUUGCUCAAAUAUAAAUAUUCUGUCUCCCAGGAAUUUAACUAUAAAUGGAUACCUAUUUUAAAAAUUUCAAUAAGAAUUAUGAUGCAUAGAUACUUUGCUAUCAUCUCACAGCCUGUUCUUGCAAUAAUAUUUUCCACUUGUCCACAUAUAAAAAGGUGUCGGUGGUGCUUAAAAUUCUCAUCAAGUACAUGAUGAUAUUGUUGUUGAUUGGAAAGUGGAGGGGGAUAUGACCGGCCGAAAGAUGGUUAUGCCAUCUCCAACCAAUCUAUUUAUAAUCAUGGCCAAUCCAAAAUAUGAUUAUAGGAGAAGAUUACCCCUAUUAUAACAGCUUCAAUCUAUCAAAUCAGGCCUGUGGGUACUGUUUAAGCCCAUAGAGAGUUUUCAUUUAGUUGGGAUACCUGCUUCUCUAUAACAGUCCUUCGGAAAAUCUCGAUCUAAGAAAUAUUCUUCACAUAAAGCUGGUACAAGGUAUAAGGAAAGUGAUUGGCAAGGAAAAAAUUAUUCAGACUGACUUUAGCUUUUGCUCCUAGUGCAAUGGUUUCUUGGUAGUUGACCCCACAUAUCCAUGUUCACUGUUGGACGAAAUUGUGGGAAUUUUAUUUUUUAUUUGGCGUUCACCUAUGAGCUACUGUUAUCAGGACCAUUAAGGAUGGAAUGAGUGGUUAAUGCUCGUAAUUUAAUACCUAAUUUCAUUUGGAGCGGUAGAUAUAAUCCGUGGAAAUAGGUUUCACCAUCCGAAUGGUUUAUUGUGUGGAUCAUCUUGGAGAAAUCAUAAAUAUGAAUUUUAAUUCCGCUGCCAGUUGAGUUGAGUCAUGUAUUCAGACUGAGGGACUCUUUCAGUCCAUUUCACCAAAAGAACAUUGUCUAAGAUUGUGAGAGAGAAUUUUUUCUUAUCCAACUCAAACUCACUGUCAUCAAAUACUGAGAGCACAUUUUUCAACGAAACAUAGUGCAAGACAAGUGCGAUGACUGUUCAUAGCAUCAUAUCGUCUUUCAAUUUUUACUUAAAUAUCUAAUUCAGUGUCUGUAAAGGGAAGCAACGUUACUUAUGCUUUCCAUAUCUCCCAUUAUUUCCAAAUAACGUUUUAAUUCUCCCAUUUGGUUCAGAUUUUGGACUGAUGCCACUGUUCUUGCAGGCUGGUCUGGUUACAACGCUUAGUACGAGAACGAUUGUAUUUGGUGCCACAAAUCCAAAGGGGCAGUAUGAUCCUAGUCAACGUAUUAAACUCUUUACUUCUCCCACGUUACCAUUUCAGCAAAAUCUUUUAUGUUUCCCUUGUCUCACUUUGCAUUUGAUAGUUCUGUUCAUAGCUGUUUCUCAUCAAGAGCGUCAAACCAUUAUAGAAUAUCAUUCUUCGUUAUAUCUGAUUUCCUUUCUUGAAAUGGGUGAUAAAUUCACUCUGCCGUGACGUUGUUAUGCUGAUCUUCUUCUUCACCGCCUCCGUUCUUCUCAGCUCUAUCGGUUAAUACCACACUCUCUGGACCACUACUGAGCAGAUUCGACAUAGUCCUUGUUCUCCUGGACACAAGGAACCCCGAGUGGGAUUCUGUCGUCUCUUCUCACAUUCUAUCUGAGGUAAACACAGUCGGUUUCAUAACAUCAUUUUGCAGAUUUUGUGCCUCAAAUGUCCGCAGAAGGAAACCUGCGGCUAACACACCUGCCCUGCAUUUUUGUCGAACGCUUAGAAAGAAGAACAAGGAUGUGGGAAAGAUGAGGAGGAUUUGGGAAACGUCUGGUCACUUUCAAUGUUGAGAAGGUAAGGCUUUUUCAUAGCUGCAAAAGCUCUUAAUUUUUUUUCUCGUUGACAUUUACUCUGUGGCUCAGAUUAGAACCAAUCACUUAUUCCGUCGAGUGCAUACCAUUCAUUUAGCAUCAUGAGGAAGGUAUCCGAUAAUAUAUAUAUAUAUAUAUAUAUAUAUAUUACUGUUCUUCAGCUUUGGAAGCCCUCAACGUUGUGAUUCUUAAGUUUGAAAUUGGUCAAUGCUGGCUUCUAGACCCAUCUCUUGGAGUCAUUCCUCCAAGUCACUGAUGAUCUUAACUGCAACUUUGGGUUUGCCAUGGCGCAUCUAAAUUUGGUUUCAACUCUGUCACAUUGAUGCCCCUUCUCUGCUCAUUCGACCCUCUCUUUAUUUCUGCUUAAAUCAGUCCUAAACCGCAAGUUAUGUCAACGCUGCUGGAUCAUGUCUCUACUGAUUGAACUGAUCAAUGUGACCUAAUUCCUGUUCCCUUUAUGUUCUUCGGCCGGAAAAGGUCAAUGGAAUUAUCUUUGAUCUUGCUGCCCCUGAUUGACUGAUGAUCCUGGAGAUGAUGCGUAUUUCCUAAUCAAGUUCUCGAUUUCUUGUCUGAAGACGCACGCUGUUCAGAAUAGUCUCAUUACUGGUCGUAAAAGAAACAUGGGCCCACUCCACUCACUGCCAGUUGACCUCUCCUCCCGUUGACUCUGAUACAUACUUGUAGCUUGCCUUUUCUCUCUCUUCCCCUUUCCCCUCCGGGUCUUGUUGACUUGGGGCAUCCGCCAGGUACAUCCACUAUGUCAAAGGCCGGUUUAAGCCCGUCCUGACCGAGGAGUCGGAAAGAAUUAUUUCAAAUUAUUACCAACUCCAGCGAAGGUCGGCAGUCCACAAUGCAGGUGAAUUCCUCGAGUUCUUCCUCAUCCCUCACAAUCUCUCAGAUAUUUCCCAUAACCCGGACGAUUUCCUUCUCUCAGCUAGGACCACUGUCCGCAUGCUGGAGAGUCUGAUCCGCCUGGCUCAAGGUAUCCUCUCUCUCUCUCUCUAUCUCUAUCUCUGUCUCUAUCUAUCUAUCUAUAUCUAUUUCCUUGAUUAACACUGAACUCUUUUUUUUCCCGCUUAGAGUAUAAUAUCAUCUGUUAAUUUUAAACUUUGUGGGGCGUGCAGCACACGCCAGGGUCAUGUUCAGGAAUGAGGUCACCCGGCUGGACGCGAUCACAGCCAUCCUCUGCAUCGAGUCAUCCAUGACCAUCUCCGCCAUUGUGGACAACCUCGGAAACGCUCUCCACUCCAACUUCGCCCCCAACCCAGAUGAGGAAUGUAUCCUUUUCGCAGCCCACGCCUGGUUCAUGGUCCUUCUGGUUGAGAUCAGCUGGUCCAUAUUCCGCCCAAUCCUGAACCAGACUGCUGGGAUCGGGACUAUAUGAUCCAUGGGUAGCUCAAUCUGGUCCAGUCCUGAACCAGAUUGGGUCCUAGAUUGACGGAUUUGGGUAGGGUCAGCGGUCACGAGCUGACCCGGCACAAUCUAGCCAGAUUCUUGCUAGGAUUUUGGACAUUUCUGAGCAGAUUUUGUCUAAUCCUGAACCAGAUGGAGAUCAGGAUUGGAUGACCGGCUGUUCGACCAAGUCCAGCCAAAGACCUGGGUUGGGAUCAGCACUAGCUGGUCCAACAAGAUAGUUGACUUCAUGGGUCACGAGUUGAUCCACCACAUUCUAACCAGAUUCUUAGUAGCGUUUGGAUCUUUUUGAGCUGAUUUUGUCCCGUCCUGAACCAGAUGGGGAUCAGGAUUGGGCAAUCUGGGCCGGGGUCGGCGCUGCCGGCCCAAAAAGAUAUCUGUAUUCAUGGAUCGUGGAUUUACGGGCCCGAUUGGAUCAGAUUCUGAGCCAGAUUGGAUUUCUGGUCUGAUUCGGCUGCGGAGAGCUUUUUCGACCUCCUUGACCUUGCGCCAGAUUCCAAGCAGGAAGCGCUGAUCCUCGAGAAGCUGCGCGCGGUCCGCUAG